AUGCCGCGAAACAUGCCACCAGCCACAGUCGCUUCUCACAGAGAUCUAGUGGAAUACUAUAUUUCAGAUGCGUCUCCUGUGGAUUCCACUGCGCCGCGAGGCUACUUGGAGCGAUGCAUUCACAGUGAGAUAUACAAGAAAUAUCCCACAGUGAACGGGGUCAUCCAUAGCCAUUCACAUGCAGUGGUACCGUACACGAUUUCCGGUGUACCGUUGAGACCGUGUUUUCAUAUGGCAGGCUUUCUAGGACAAUCAACACCAGUGUUUAACAUUGCAGAACAUUAUCAGUCUGGUGACAUACAGGACUUACUGAUACGCGAAGUACGCCUUGGCGAGGCCCUCGCUUCGCAUUUCGGUAAGGGUUCAAAAGACGAACCUCUCCAAGCAGUGGUUCUGAUGCGCGGCCACGGAUUCACAACAGUGGCUUCCAGCCCGGAGGAGUGUAUAUUCCGAGCGAUUUAUACUCAAGAUAAUGCUGGGAUCCAGACCACGAGUCUCGCGCUGAAUGCAGGGCUGGCCCGAAGCUCAAAGGCCUCAAGUACAAGCAUUCCCGAGGUUCACUAUUUAAGUGACGAUGAAGUUGCAGCGGCCACUGGAAUGGGCCAAAAUGCAUGGACUCGUGCCUGGUCGCUGUGGGUUCGGGAGGUCCAGGCGGACCCUCUUUAUGUGAUUGAUGAUUGA